AUGCCAACAAAGGAGACAAAACAAGAGAAAAAGAGGGAAAAUAAUGAAAAACGGGUCUCUUCUGAGAGAAAUAAAAUAAUUAAACGUAUUGAGAAGCAAAAAAAGAAGGCCUUAAGUUAUAGACCUCCAAGUUCAGGUUUAAUUGAGUUUGCAAAACAGGACCUAAAAAAUGUUUUUUUGCCUUAUAGUCCAGUUUUGUUUACCAAAAUUAGGUUUGUCACAAUUAAGGCCCAGGAUGUCAUAUUGGAUGAUCAUGAGACAUUCAAAGCAAUACCUUAUAUAGAUGAUGUUGAAUUUUGUGAAGGGAUAUCUAAAACUCAAAUAGAUGCAGAAAGAGUAGCAGCUUUCAAUGCACUCACCAUACAUAGAGAAAAGUUGGUGUCCUAUGUUACUUCCAAGCUUGAUAAAGCCAUCAAUGCAAAGAAGGAGGCAUCUGUAGCUAUUAUUUAA